CUCUCGACCUGACUCAGUUGUUCAGUCCGAGUCCAGAUCAGGAGGAGGAGGAGGGAGAGUUAAUGUCGGCAGCUACUGUGGAGUAAACACAUUAAAGAUUGUUCUAGCAGCAGAGUGAGCCUUCCCCCACACCAUGUCCCAGGACAAGAGUGGAUACCCUGUUAUGGGUGAGAGCAACCCACUUCAUAACAAUGUCUACGGACCCCCUCAGCCAGGCUUCGGCAUGCCCCCACCCAACUAUAGCCAAGCCCCAGGGGGACCGUACCCACCAGCAGCAGGCUACGGACAGCCAGGCUUCCCCCAGGCAGGCCCGGGUUUCGCUCCUGGUCCCUACCCUCAGAUGCCUUACCCUCAGAUGCCCUACCCACAGGGACCCUACCCUCAGGGGCCUUAUCAGCAAGGUGUCGCACAGCCAGGCUUUCCCGGUGACCCCACGGCACCUGCUGGCAGCCCUGGUUACCAUGGUGAUGGACCUCCAUCUUACUACGACAAUGAGGAGUUCACCAACUCUGGCUUUGAGGACAAGACCAUCCGACAAGCCUUCAUCAGAAAAGUCUUCAUGGUUCUCACAGUGCAGCUUCUGGUCACUUUCUCCUUUGUUGCUGUCUUCACCUUCGUCGAUGACGCCAAGUACUUUGUGCGACGUAAUCCAUGGACAUAUUACGUGUCCUAUGCAGUCUUCUUUGUGGCUCUGAUCGUCCUCAGCUGUUGUGGAGACUUCCGCCGCAAGCACCCCUGGAACUUGGUUGCACUGUCCAUCCUGACCUUGAGCCUGUCCUACAUGGUGGGCAUGAUCGCCAGCUUCUACGACACGGAUACCGUCAUCAUGGCCGUCGGCAUCACUGCAGUGGUCUGCUUUACCGUCGUGCUCUUCUCGCUACAGAGCAAGUAUGACUUCACUUCCUGUCGGGGCGUGCUGUUUGUGUGCCUGAUUGUGCUCCUGCUCUUCUCGUUCCUCUGCAUCUUCAUUCGCCACAAGAUACUGCACAUUGUUUAUGCCUCACUGGGGGCCCUGCUCUUCACCUGCUUUUUGGCUGUGGACACUCAGCUUCUCCUGGGCAACAAGAAGCUGGCUCUGAGUCCAGAGGAGUACAUUUUUGCUGCCCUCAACCUCUACACUGACAUCAUCAACAUUUUCCUCUACAUCCUGGCUAUUGUGGGACGCUCCCGUGAAUGAGGCUGCACCUUGGAAAGAACAGGAGGGAGAUAAAGAAUGCCUCCCUUUAUUGUGAAACAUCGCUAACAUGCUCUCCUAAAUCCUUUAACUUUUUCUUCACUUUCUUUUCCCAUGGCACUCCUCAUUUUCUUUCCUAUCACACACAUGUUUUUUUAAGAACAGGUAGUUGUGCUGUGAACCAGAUGCAGCCUAUCAUAAAAAUCCAGCUGAGAGGGACAUUAUUUAUUUAACACAAAUCUUGCCAUUAAUGACAAAAUGAUUUCCUCAAUUUUGACCACUCUGCUUGCUGUAACUGUCCUCUGCUUCUACUAACACAGAAGGCUACAUUACCUAUCCCCCCACUUCUGGUUUGGCUCGGCACAAACCGUGUUAAACAUGUUAUCCUGUGGAUGCUUGGCACUCAGCCUUGCCUUGCUGCAGAGAUUAAACAGAAAAAGAGCAGGGACGGUAUCCUCAGCACCUAAUAUUGAUGCAAACCUGCUUUGCCUGAAGAGAGUUAGUGCUAGAAAUUCCCUCCGCUUUCAAUCUGUCUUUUCUCCAAAACGUAUCUCUCCCUUUGAGCCCGCUGGUGUUCAGUAACUCUGCAUGGCAACACUGGAAACACAACUAAAGAUGUGUUAUGAUUCUUUAGAGCUACCAGGGGGAUACCUCUAGCUUGCUUGUCACAGCUGUAUAUAGUUAUGUGUACUAUUGUAUAUGAUGCUAGUAUAUCCUACCCCAAUGCCCCUGAAAGGCAUGCUGGAGUGAUUCGUAUGGAUGUGUUGCUUUUCGGGAAAAAUUUGCUCUGAUAUCAGAACGUCACACAUACCCAGUACUGUAACUAAAAUAGUAUAAUGGCAAACGAAUGAAGAUCAAUGUUGGAUGUAUAUGACUAACAAGAACAUAAUAUUUAUAAACUAUAUAUUCUUAUGGAAUAUCUUUUCAAAAGGAAGAAGAAAUUAUGUUUUGAAAUAAUUUCCAAAGCCGACAUGUCCUCUUACCCUUCUUCCUUUUUUUUCCUUACUGUCCUCACUAAUUUCCUCUCAUCUGGUCAUUAACAUGAAGUGACAUUCUAGUGCUGUAUUAAUUUUUUCCUUAUUAUAAUCAAUGUGAACUAAAGUUUAAGUAUAGGAAUUUCUGACCACUCCUAUGCCAAGCUGAUCCAAGUUUCACAGCCACUGGAUUUUAAUAUAACUCUCGUGAAGUAGACAGACGACAGACUUAUAACUUAUCUAUUUAUUGAGCUUGAUGUAGAUAACAGGGUUGCUUUGAGGUUGCUUUUGGCUGCUGUUGAGAAAACACAAACUCCACCUGGAAAGUUUAAAGACUAUUAUUUAAGGUGAUUGUGAAACCAUCACAUGCUGGUUACACUCAUAAGCUAAAGGAAUCAAAAUGCACUGGAAGCCGAAAUACUCAUUAAACACACACAACUUGAAUGAUAUAUUUAACAUGAGCAUUUAUUUGUUUUGAUUUUUCACCUCUUGCAUGACUCUCUCCUCUCAUUUGCAUGUGCGGAUAAUGCGCACUGUACAGGUAUUCCUGUUUUGGGGAGACACAGUGUUGUUUGGCAGCCCUGUUAGACUUUUUUUAACUCUUGUGUUUGUAUCUAACUAACGUGUAUGUGUACAUAGAACUCCUUAGUGGUUUGAUGUGUAUAGAUAAAGUCAUUUCGGGGCUUUGUGGGUCUGUUUGCAUUGUAUAUUUGCAUUAAAUCAAAGUGGAACCGCAUUCCUCUACACUGCUGUUCGCUUUUCAUUAAAACUGAUACAAUGUAAA